AUGGCGACGAUGGAGAGCUUGAUUGGGCUCGUUAACAGGAUACAGAUGGCUUGUACCGUAUUAGGAGAUCAUGGAGGCGAAGGCAUGUCUCUUUGGGAAGCUCUUCCUACUGUCGCCGUCGUUGGUGGUCAGAGUUGUGGAAAAUCAUCGGUGUUGGAAAGCAUUGUUGGCAGAGAUUUCCUACCUCGUGGAUCUGGUAUUGUUACAAGGAGGCCAUUGGUAUUGCAGCUGCAUAAAAUAGAGAGGGGAACUGAGUAUGCAGAAUUUCUUCAUGCUCCAAGGAAAAAGUUCACUGAUUUUGCUGCUUUGCGUAAGGAGAUUGAAGAUGAAACAGAGCGUCUUACUAGGAAAUCAAAGGCGAUAUCUAACCGUCCAAUUCACCUUUGUAUUUACUCUCCAAAUGUUGUGAACCUGACUCUUAUAGACCUUCCUGGGUUAACAAAAGUUGCUGUAGAGGGACAGCCAGAUUCCAUUGUUGAAGAUAUUGAAAUGAUGGUCCGUUCUUAUGUUGAUAAGCCGAAUUGCAUUAUUUUAGCAAUUUCUCCUGCUAAUCAAGACAUUGCCACAUCUGAUGCUAUAAAGCUUGCUAGAGAAGUUGAUCCUUCAGGUGACCGAACAUUUGGAGUGGUCACCAAACUUGAUCUCAUGGAUGCGGGAACCAAUUGUUUGGAUGUUCUUGAGGGAAGAUCCUACAAGCUUCAGCAUCCAUGGGUUGGAAUUGUAAACCGUUCACAAGCUGAUAUCAACAAGAAUGUUGACAUGAUGGCUGCUCGACGAAAGGAACAGGAAUAUUUUGAAUCUAGCCCCGACUAUGGACACCUGGCACAUAAAAUGGGUUCAGUAUAUCUUGCAAAGCUUUUGUCCAGGCAUUUAGAGAGUGUUAUCAGGCAGAAGAUACCAAGCAUAGUUGCUUUGAUAAACAGAAAUAUUGAUGAAAUCAAUGCAGAGCUGGACCGUAUUGGCAGGCCAAUCGGAGUAGAUGGAGGGGCACAACUUUAUACUAUCUUGGAAAUGUGUCGUGCAUUUGACCGCGUGUUCAAAGAGCACCUUGAUGGAGGGCGAGCAGGUGGAGAUAGGAUAUAUGGAGUGUUUGAUCAUCAACUACCAGCUGCUUUGAAAAAGCUUCCUCUAGAGCGCCACCUGUCUACCAGUAAUGUGAGAAAAGUAGUUUCAGAGGCUGAUGGUUAUCAACCCCACUUGAUCGCCCCUGAGCAAGGAUACAGAAGACUAAUAGAUGGAUCUCUUGGAUACUUCAAGGGACCAGCUGAAGCUUCUGUGGAUGCCGUACACUUCAUUUUGAAAGAACUUGUGAGGAAAUCCAUGGCAGAGACGGUGGAGUUGAAGCGGUUCCCAUCACUCCAAGCGGAGAUAGCAGCUGCUUCAAAUGAAGCACUGGAAAAUUUCCGUGAUGAAAGCCGGAAAACAGUUAGCCGCCUCGUGGAAAUGGAAUCAACUUAUCUGACCGCCGAAUUUUUUCGUAAGAUUCAUGCUGAAUCAGAUAACAACCCCAGAGACAUCCAUAAUAACAAGCAUUCAACCACAUCCCACCCAAAUGCAGAUCGUUACAAUGAUCAUCACUUCAGAAAGAUUGGAUCAAAUGUGUCUGCUUAUAUUGGAAUGGUUUGUGAUACUCUCAAGAAUACCAUCCCCAAGGCUGUUGUUUAUUGUCAAGUCCGAGAAGCAAGGAGAUCUUUGCUCAAUCUCUUCUAUGCACAAAUCGGUAGAAAAGAGAAAGAGCAACUUGGUAGAAUGUUAGACGAAGAUCCAAUGCUCAUGGAAAAGAAAGAGACUUUAUCCAAGAGACUUCACCUCUACAAGUCAGCAAGAGACGAAAUCGAUUCAGUCUCAUGGAAGUGAGAAAGUAAGCGCCUUGCCUCGUCACGUUUACAAAUCUGUACAACUAACUCUCUCUACUUUCACACAAGUUAAUGUUCAUUUGUACGUCAUCAUCUUAUGUUGUGUACUAAGGUUGAAAAGACAAGAACUUGAUUUGCUAAAAAACAAUUUGAUGUGUUACGAUAGUUACUGUUUUCAGCUUCAAAUACAUAUACAUAUCAAAGUUUUAUAAACAUACAACGGAAAACCUGUGGUAAUUAUAAAACUUGGAAACAAAA